AUGGGUUUCUUCGCCAAGAUCGCCGCCAUGGUCGCUGCUGCCAGUGCCGUUGCCAGUGCUACCAACACCGUCACCUUUGUGAGCCAGGACAGCACCACCCGCAAGGUCAUCUUCACCCCUAGCUCUGGCUACUCCGAAAUCGACUCGAUCGAAGUCGCCGGCCUCGCCACCGAGACUGUCUCUUUCCCUGAUGGCUGGGUUGGCAACUGGUACUCUGUUUCCGAGGGCGCUGACAACACCAGCGGUAUGCUGGGUGAGGUUACCUUCCAAGGCUGGGACGACAUUACCUACUUUGAUGUCUCGGCCAUUGUCAACGCUGAUGACCACGAUGGUGUCCACGAGAUGUGGCCUGCCAGCGAGAACACAAUCGCCAUCAAGACUCUGAUGUCUGGCUGCUCCAUCUUCCCUUGCAACACUGCCUACUACCUCGCCGACGAUGUCCAGACCGUUGCCACCACGGAGACCGAGCUGUACUGCUCCCUGGGCAGCCAGACCAACUCGACCUCCAAGCGUGAUGUUGCCAAGGUCGUCGGCCGCAACUUUGUGCUCGGCAAGUUCUAA